AUCCUAGGUGCUGCAAGUGAGCCCAGGAGCACUGUGAGGUCUGUCCUGCAGGGCUCAAGAGGGACCAGGCUCUCUGGUGACAGGAGGGACAUCGGGUCUGGUGCCUGGGGGAGGCAGGGGCAGUGGCAGAGAGGAGGUUCCUCAUCCUUGGGAAUGUGGGGAAUGCACGGUUUCCACUGUUCUUUGCUCUCCAAAGUCUGUCCAGUUAAUGAGUGAGCCCUGAGCGGCAAGGGCUUGGCAGGGUUGCUGUUGUGGUUGCUGGCACAGCCACCUCUGCCCUGUGACAAAAACAUGAGCAUCGCCUGCCUGUGCUCCCUUGGGAGUCUUCCUAGCCAAGCGGGGCAGCUCUUGUCCCUGGCAUCCUUCUCCUGUGGCAGGAUUCAGUGCCCUCCUCCUAGGAGCAUGGGGGACAUAGUAGACACCCAUCAGAGACCCUCAUGGUGUGGGCACAGUGCCCUCAGUGGGGAAUGGCAGGACCUGUGGGGGUUUGCACAGCUUUUAACGGGUUCCUCGGGGCCUGAUGGUGAGGAAGGGCUGGACCAGGAGUGCAGGGGGAUGCCAUGCUGGGGAGGAAAAAGCAUGGAGCUGGAUGCUGCUGCUGGUGGGGAUGCUCUGAGCACAUGAAGGAAGGGGUGUCUGUGCUGUGUACCACAAGAGGCAGGGAUGGGAUCCAGGCUGUGGGCAGUUGGCACUGUAACAGUGUCCAGUGUCCUGGGUGUGGGUAGCUGUCACCUGGCCCUUGUGGUGACAACCCAGGGUGACACUUGCAUUCCUGGCCACAAGGGCAGGUUACUCACCAACUCAAGUUAAUGGCUAACCGUGGGGCAGCUCCUGCAGAAGGUGGAAGUUCAGCUGUAUGUGGGCUGUGAGGAGCCGUCGGGGGUGGGGAGGGUAGGAGCCUGCCCACCCCCUCUGCACCGCAAACUGGGAGCGCUGCGGGGAGGCAGCAGCAUGAAUGGGGGCCACUGUGGAGUGCCUGGUGCCGGGAGCCCUGUUCUCUCAUCCUGCUCCCCACAGAAGAUGUGCUCCUGGAUGCUGAGCUGUUGCUUAGCCCUUCAACACCUGGCCGUGCAGGCCUCCUUGCUCUGCAUCUUCCACCUCCUCCUGCUGCCCACCCUGCCCGAGGAGCCAUCCCAUGCCCAGGCCACCAGUGAGCUACUGGCACGCAGCCUCUUUGCCUGUGGCAUCUCCACGGUGCUGCAGACCACCCUGGGGAGCCGGCUGCCACUGGUUCAAAUUCCAUCCUUCGAGUACCUGGUCCCUGCCAUGGUGCUGAGCUCCCACCUGUCCCUCAGUGCCAGCACGGACAGGAAUGGCACAGCUGUUGCCAGUGUGUGCCCUGCACCGCACUGCACCGUUGCAGGGAGCUGGGCUGCCUCGCUGCGAGAGGUCUCUGGAGCUGUGCUGGUCUCUGGACUGGUUCAGCUGGCACUGGGAGUGUCUGGCGUGUGCGGGUGGGCAGCCCGGCACUGUGGGCCCAUGGUCCUGGCCCCCAGCCUCUCCAUCAUCGGGCUGUCCGCAUACAAGGAGGCCGCUUUCUUCUGCUCCACUAACUGGGGGGUAGCGCUGCUGCUCAUGCUCCUUGCUGUCACCUUCUCCCAGCACCUGGGGUCCUGCCGCCUGCCCUUCUGCGCCUGGCCCCAGGCUUGGGGCAGCUCCAUAGAGCCAUCUGUCCCCACCCUGCGCACAUUCUCGGUACUGCUCCCGUUUGCUGGUGUCUGCAUCGUCUGUGCCAUCCUCAGCCACCUCCACGUCCCCUGGGAAUCACUGGACCUGGCCAUGGCACAGCUGUCCUGGGCCAACAGCACCUUCCAUGCCCCUUGGGUCCACAUCCCCUACGCAGGCGAGUGGGGGUGGCCGCUGCUCACCCCCCAGGCGCUGGCAGUGGGCAUCGCCAUGGCCAUUGGCUGCAGCAUGAACUCGGUGGGCUGCUAUGUGCUGUGCGGCAGGCUGCUGCGAGCCCCCCGGCUGCCCCCCGACGCCUGCAACCGGGGGCUCUGCACAGAAGGGCUGGGCAGCCUCCUGGCAGGGCUGCUGGGCACCCCGGGGGGUACAGCCGCCAGCAUCGCCAACGCCUGCACCACCGGCCUCACGCAGGUUGGCUCUCGCCUCUCGGUGCAAGUAAGCGCGCUGGUGUGCGUGGUGCUGGGCAUGUCCCCGAGGCUGGCAGGGUUCCUCACCCGCAUCCCACUGGCGGUUCAUGGAGGGGUGCUCUGUGUCACCUAUGCUGUGGCUGUGGGCACGGGGAUCUCCUACUUCCAGUACGCGGACAUCGACUCGGGGAGGAACAUCUUCAUCGUCGGCUUCACCAUGUUCAUGGCGCUGCUGGUGCCGCGGUGGUUCGGCGCGGGUCCGGCUCACCUGGCCACAGGCUGGGUGCCUCUGGACCUCCUCUUCCUUUCCCUGCUCAUGGUGCCUGUCUUCUUAACUGGCUUCUUGUCAUUUUUCCUGGAGAACACGGUCUCAGGAACCCUGGAGGAGCGAGGGCUGCUCUCGGAGCUGGCACCACAGAAAGCCGGGGCAGGCGAUCACCAACCCUAUGGAGAGAGGGGCGAAGCCAGCCAGGCAUAUGGGCUCCCUGCCGGGCUGAGGGGGCUGCUGCCAUCCUCCUGCAAAGCCUUCCCCUGCUGCUUCCUCUGCCCGGGGAGUGAGGAAGAGAAGGAGGAGGAAGAGGAGGAGGGCAGCCGUGCCACCGAGGAGGGGACCGCUCCCCCAGGGGAAGGCACGCACCUGCUCCCCAAACCCGGCUCCGGGGAGCCGCAGCUGUCCAGGAGGCCGAGCGAGACGGAGAUGCCCGCAUGGCACACUGUGGCCUGACCCCACGGUGUGGGGACACCUCAUGGGGGACUGGGGCUGUGCCCCCAAGGCAGCUUGUGAGCCACUUUGCUCCUUGUUUCUGAAGCCCAGGUGGACUGGAGGGACCUGCGCUUCCACACUCCCAGUAUGAACCUCAUUUCCCUGCUUGGGAGAGAGCUAUAAAAACCUUCAACCAA